AUGCCUUCGUUAUUACAAAAAAUCGAAGUCGAGCAUGAUAAUGGUCUGUCGAACAAGGAGUUGUUCCUCACCAAUCAUGACUUGAAAAUUGUCGAGCCGGAACGUCGUCAAUGGACCGCCUUCAACUUUGUCGGCUUCUGGAUUGCCGAUUCGUUCAACAUCAACACAUGGAUGAUUGCUGCCUCAUCGCUUGAAGUCGGUCUCUCUUGGUGGCAAGCUUGGAUUUGUGUCUGGGUCGGCUACAGUAUAUCGGCGUUCUUCAUCUGCUUGACCGGUCGCGUCGGUGCUGUCUACCACAUCUCUUUCCCCGUCAUGAACAGAUCAUCGUUUGGUAUCUACGGAUCGCUGUGGCCGGUCUUGAACCGUGCUCUGAUGGCUUGUAUCUGGUACGGAGUCCAAGGCUGGAUUGGCGGAGAGUGCGUCUACCUCAUGAUUCUCGCCAUCUGGCCGUCAUUCGGAACACGUCCUUCCUUGACGAAGGAGAUCGCUCUGGGAGGCACUGUCAACUAUCUCAUCGGCUUCAUUCUCUUCUGGGCUGGAUCGCUGCCAUUCAUCUGGUUCCCCGUCCACAAAGUCCGCCAUCUAUUCACCGUCAAGGCUGUUGUCGCACCCACCGCGGGUAUCGCGUUCCUCGUCUGGGCGCUAGUGAGAGCAGGAGGAGCUGGCAAGAUCAUUCAUCAACCCGCCAAGGCGAAGGGAUCCGAACUUGCUUGGGCCAUCAUCACCGGCAUCAUGUCCUCCGUUUCCAACUUCGCUACCCUCAUCGUCAACGACCCUGAUUUCUCCCGUUUCGCCAGCAAGCCCAGCGAUGCUCUUCUCCCUCAAUUUAUCACCAUUCCCCUUGGAUUUGGUCUCACCUCUCUCAUUGGUAUCCUCGUUGGCUCUGCUUCUGCAGUAAUAUACCCCGAACUCGGCGCAGUCUGGAACCCGCUUCAACUUCUCAACGCCUUCAUCACCGAAGACGGCCAUGGCAGUGCCGGCGCAAGAGCAGGAGUCUUCCUCAUCGCCGCCGCCUUCGUCGUCGCCCAACUCGGCACCAACAUCGCCGCAAACUCAAUCUCCGCCGGUACCGAUCUAACCGCCCUCCUCCCCCGCUACAUCAACAUCCGCCGCGGCGGCUACAUCUGCGCCGUCAUCGGUAUCGCCAUCUGUCCCUGGCAAUUCGUCGCCGGCUCCAGCACAUUCACUACAUACCUCUCCGCCUACUCUGUUUUCCUCUCCGCCAUCGCUGGUCCUAUGAUUAUCGAUUACUACUGCGUGCGCAAGGGGUAUCUUCAAGCUAGAGAUUUAUACUCUGCUGAUGUCAAUGGUCCUUAUUACGGUCGCUUUGGCAUUCAAUGGCGUGGCUAUGUGGCGUAUUUCUGCGGCAUCCUCAUCAAUGUCGUAGGCUUCGCCGGCGCUUGUGGUGCUUCCGUCCCGAUUGGUGCGACUUAUAUCUACCGUUUGAACUUCUUCACAGGCUUCUUGGUAAGUGGUGGUGUGUAUUGGGUGCUUUGCUCCAUCUCGCCAGUCAAGGCGCAAAAUCCAGUGGGCUCGUGGUUGGAGGCUCCUGAACCUGAUGAGGAGGAUUUGAGUAAUGUGGUCAGUCAUGGGAAGGAUGUUGGGGAGUACACUUCUGGUGUUGAUGUGGAGCAGGGAGGAUUCUUUAGGAAGAAGAUGGAUACUAUUACGAAAGCUUUGUAGAUGUUAAGAUAUCUUAAACACAUGACUAUUGCUAUGUGUCAGGGGGAGAUCUUCUUGAUAGACACAAAACACUAUUCUCAUGCACACCAAGGUCUUAGGGGGAGUAUUGG